CUGCCACUAUUAUAUUCUAUCUCACACUGGAAAUCGACAAAGCUUGCUUGCUUGUAAGUACGCUGCUCGCCAUUCAGCCACCAGUAGAGGCGAGAUUCAUAGUGUGACGCUGAGCUACAUGCUGCAGGCUAGUCAUUACUGCACAUGUAAACACAGCAUCCUACCUGGCUCCCAGCAGGCUGUCGUAUAUCUAGCUAUGUGCGCUUUGUCAAUGGGCCACUUUCAGAGUCAGCCUCGGCUUUCCGCUGCCCCCUUUCACACAUCCCGGCGCAGUGGGCAUCACUUAUCCCUUUGUGCAUGGGCAUUAUACUGCGCAUGUCGACCCAACUAAUCGUGCUGCAUUCGUGUGGCCAUGUGUAUGCCUCACGUAAUUUGAAUGCGUGCUCAUCGUGUUGUCUGGUUUUUCCUUUGACGAUUGGCCCUGCGAACGCUACUGAACGCCGGUUUCCCUAUUUGGUUUGUGUUGCUGUAGCGCUAUCUCUAAACCCCUCGGCCGACCGAAUCCACCCAGUAGCGCCCGACGAGACCCAUCACGCUUUGCAGAUCAUCGACCUCUUUACCGAAGCGCCGACCACCUUGUCGAAACCUCUGUAAGUUGCGGGUCUCUAGCCCCUCCACUCCUG